ACUUCAACAAUGGAGAUUCCCUAUCUCUACAUCUCUCUCAUACUGAUUCUAGCUUCUUAUCUGUUCACAUCCCACUUCCGCCGCAGAGCCUCCAACCUCCCGCCGACCGUCUUCCCAUCCUUCCCUAUAAUCGGCCAUCUUUAUCUUUUGAAACCACCCCUCUACAGAACCUUGGCCAAAAUCUCCACCAAGUAUGGCCCCAUCGUCCACCUCCGCUUCGGAUCCCGCCGUGUCCUCUUGGUCUCGUCACCUUCCGCCGUUGAAGAAUGCUUCACCAAGAACGACAUCACCUUUGCCAACCGCCCACGGAUGCUUUUCGGAAAGAUCAUCGGCCUGAACUACACUACUUUGGCUUGGACACCGUAUGGCGACAACUGGCGUAACCUCCGUCGUAUAGCAUCAAUCGAGAUUUUAUCUAUUCAUCGCCUCAAUGAGUUCCAUGAUAUACGCGUUGACGAAGGCAGGCUUCUGAUUCGUAAGCUGUUGUCUAACUAUUCUUCGCCGGUGACUGUGAAGUCGGUUUUCUAUGAACAGACAUUGAACGUGAUGAUGAGGAUGAUAUCUGGGAAGAGGUAUUUCGGUGGUGAUAAAUUGGAGGAAGAAGGGAAACAACUCCGGCAGAUACUGGACGACUCGUUUGUACUCGCGGGUGCUUCAAAUAUUGGGGAUUACUUGCCCAUUUUGAGUUGGUUGGGAGUGAAGAGAUUGGAGAAAAAGUUGAUCGCAUUGAAGGAAAGGAGGGAUGUUUUCUUUCAAGGUUUGAUUGAGCAGGUUAGAGAAGGGAAUGGGGAUCAAGCACGAAAUAAGAGGAAGACGAUGAUCGAACUAUUAUUGUCGUUACAAGAAUCAGAUCCCGAAUACUACACUGAUGCAUUGAUCCGAAACUUUGUGCUGGUAAUAUUAGGAGGUAGGACUGAUACUUCAUCUGGAACCAUGGAAUGGGCCAUGUCUCUUUUGCUAAACCACCCACAAGUUCUGCAAAAGGCAAAAAACGAGAUUGACAGAAAUGUUGGCACACAUCGUCUUGUUGAAGAAUCAGACAUGCCUAAUCUACCUUACCUCCGUUGCAUCAUAAAUGAGACACUGCGAUUGUAUCCCCCAGGCCCGAUAUUUAUUCCACACGAGUCAUCAGACGAUUGUGUUGUCGGGGGCUAUAACAUCCCACGUGGAACGAUGCUGCUUGUCAAUCAAUGGGCCAUCCAACAUGACCCGAAGGUGUGGACUGAUCCAGAAAGGUUCGAUCCAAAAAGGUUUGAAGGGUUAGAUGGCACACGAGAUGGGUUUAAGCUGUUGCCUUUCGGGUCUGGAAGGACGAGUUGUCCAGGUGAAGGGUUGGCGGUCCGUAUGGUUGGGGUAACUUUGGGUUUGAUUAUCCAGUGCUUUGAUUGGGAAAGGGUAAGUGAAGCCAUGGUUGACAUGACUGAAGGUCCUGGACUCACCAUGCCCAAGGCUGAACCGUUGGUAGCCAAGUGCAAACCGCGUCUAGAGAUGCAGAAUCUACUGUCCCAGCUGUGAGUCCGUUGUCAAACUUAUGUUUGGUGUUGGUGCAUUUGCCACUGUUUGUUGCUUUUUUUGGCUCGGGAUUAUUUGUAUGUAAAUUAAUAAAAACUCGAUAGUCCUGACUGAGAUGGUUUUCCUGCGUGAGGGACGUGAAGAUUAGUGAGGAGUGGGUUU